AUGCGAGGCGAGGCUGUCGGUCGCCGUCGCCUCCCUUUGAGAGACGCGACAUGAGCCGCGAUGCCCGAUUCGCUCGGCUUGUCCAGGGCCAGGUUCAUUGACUGCGCCCGCAACGCCUCCACACCAACGCCAACAGCCCUAUCAACUCCCGCCCAGCCACUCACCCUCCUCGCCCCGCCCACCCCGCCAAAUCUAAAACUUUCACCCAGUCGGCAAUCCAGCCUGAUCUGUCUGCUGGCCACUAACAAAUAAUAAAUACGCCGCAUGUGGAUUUACUCAUGAUAAAGUUCCCAUUAAUAUGGACCCCAAUCAAUUAGAAUCAACCGUAGUCCCAAUGAAGUGUAAGAAAUGCAGAUUUCUUCUACUUGAACAUCCAAAAGUUCCUGUCGAGGACAGCCACGGCGAGCCCUUUGUAGACCUGAUGACUUUAGAAAAUAAGGGACCAUCAUCAUGUCAUUCACAAGUGUGGUACAUUCCUGAAGAGUCCAUGCCAGAGUGGAUGACAGCCAGUAUGGAUAAAGGAGAUUGGACCAAGGGGAAAAUUAUGUGUCCAAAAUGCGAAGCAAGAAUUGGAUCUUAUAGUUUCGUUUCGGGAUUUAAAUGCCCAUGUGGAUCUAGGGUUGUGCCGCCAAUACACAUUGUCAAAAGUAAGGUCGACUUCAUACAACCCUUCUAUGUUGCGAUAUCCAGCUCUGUUGAAACUAGUAUCCUACCAUCAAGUACUCUCCUGUGAAUAUAUAUCGUCGCCAAGAACAAUUUCGUAUAGAACAUACCAGUUGCAUACAUCAGUUACGAGUUUCACAACAGUCGGACCACUUUCUUUAUUGUACUUUCACAGCAUAUUACAUAAUCUGUAUUUUUGGGAAUCAAUUUGUAAUCAGUUAUACUCGAUUCGCACGUAUGUAUUAUGUAAAAUAAAGUCUAUAUAAUAAUGUAUCCUACAUUUAAAUAAAUAUGUAUGUUUCGUAUAUAUAUAAUACUAAUAAGUGGUAUUGUAUAAGUAGUUCGGUGAGAUAGUUGUUGAUUAAGGUACGUCAUGAAAUAAACAAUUAUUUUAUAGGUACGCCA